AUGUCCUCUUACGCUAUCACCGGUGCCUCCAAGGGCAUUGGUCUCGAGUAUGUGCGUCAACUCGCUGCUGAUGCGACCAACACGGUCCUGGCUAUUGUGCGAGACCCUUCAUCGUCCGGCAUAUCUGAGCUCGCCUCAAGUCUCCCCAACGUACAUGUUAUCAAAGGGGAUGUUACGGACCCAGAGUCCAUUCUUGAGGCUGCCUCAGCUGCAGCCCUGGUUACGGGCGGCAAGCUAGACGUACUUAUCCACAACUCCAAUGCUGUUGAUAUGGCCAGCAUGUCCUUAAGCCCAACCCAACUUCCCUUCGAUGCGCAAGAAAUUCGAAGAAUUUUCGACCCGCCGUUCAGUACAGGUAUAUACGGUGGGAUAUGGACAACAAACGCCUUCCUUCCUCUGAUCGAAAAAGGCACCCAAAAGAAGAUUGUGCACAUCUCCAGCGCUAUGGCGGAUUUGGAUUUGAUCAAUACGACUGGUAUCAGCUAUGGUGUCGCAUACUCCAUUGGCAAAGCCGGGAUGAAUGUUCAAGUCGCCAAGUACGCAGCCGAACUUGCUCCUAAAGGCAUCAAGGUGUUGGCUUUGAGUCCUGGGUGGGUGGACACGUGGGAAGGAGAGAAGCCGCCUGAGGUAGUGCAAGCGGAAUCAGUCAUGUUGAAGCAGUUUCAGGCAGCCGAGCCCGCACUUAAGGGGCAGAUUAAGCCAGAGGAGAGUGUACGAAAGAGCCUCAAGGUGAUUGAAAGUCUGGAUGCCAAGACUAGCGGCUUGCUCUUGAGUCACAAUGGAAACAGGGGCACGUGGCUGUGA